AAAUCAAAAUACAAUAAGAGUCAAUAAUAAUUGUAGUUGAAACACUAUGACUUAGGACAUCUGUUGAGAAAUAAAGGAAUUUUUAAAAAUCUUAAUGGACAGGAUGAGAUCAGUGAUAAAGUCCAUAGCGUUCUCUAAAUUCUGAAUUAGGAAGCCCAUGGCAGCACCUUUAAAUGUGUUUUCAAGUGAUUUAAUUUAUAUGAUAGUCGUUGAACAAUGCGUUUUCUUAUGUGGUAAAUAUAUUCACAUCUAUAUCUUGUUUACGACUCAAUUUGCUAAUCAAGUGUUAUGUCAGCCAGUUAUAAUUACUUAAUCUUGUCUAUUGCCUCCAUGGGUUAUGGUCCCAGUGUGCACUACCCCUCUACCUUUAUUUUUAAGUUUAGAUCUUAGCUAUAUGGAGAGCUAUAUUUAUUCAUGCCUAUUAAUAUAAUGUCUGGUCUUGGCAGAAUGUAUACUUUUUCCCAUUUGUUUUGUCCUAUUUGUUAUGUCUCAGCUGGACAUUUUACGACAAGACCUAAAAGGAUUCCCAUAUUUUCUUAGCCCAAAACAGAAGCAAAUCAUUAUCUGAUCUAAAAAUGCUGACUGGUUGACAGGGGAUGGAAAAAAAUCUGUUCGAUUCGUGAAUUUGAAGGAAGUCACAGGGUAUUUGGUUCUUGGAAGACCCACCAAACAUGUUUAAUUAACAUUUACUGUCCACUGCAAAUGAGAGUAUCAUUUCUUUCUGCCUUCGGAAGAGCACAGCCCUCUUCUUGGCUUGGGCACGAGGCAGGGAUGCAGCUGUUGAUACCUAGGCUAUGAGAGGAAGUGCAGUUGACGCAGAGGUAAAUGACAGUUGGGAAAGGAAGGAUGCCUGCGGAUGACCUUGUGCGCAUCUCUUACACCAGCCUGUCAUUCUGAGCCCCUGUUGCAGAGAUGCUUGUCUCCUGGCAAGGAUGGGCAGGAGAAAAAUCCAGAUUGGGGGUUAAGCUGAACAGAGGCAGAAAAAAGACUGUGGAAAGUUUGUUCAGUGUUUUGACUAGAGAUCCCUGUGCUUUUCAGGUGAUAUUAAGGAGAAGAGAAUUUGCACACACAAAAAGAAAAGAGGGUCCCGGGAUUCUUGAGCUGUGCCCAGCUGACGAGCUUUUGAAGAUGGCACAAUAACUGUCCAGUGAUGCCUGACCAUGACAGCACAGCCCUCUUAAGCCGGCAAACCAAGAGGAGAAGAGUUGACAUUGGAGUGAAAAGGACGGUAGGGACAGCAUCUGCAUUUUUUGCUAAGGCAAGAGCAACGUUUUUUAGUGCCAUGAAUCCCCAAGGUUCUGAGCAGGAUGUUGAGUAUUCAGUGGUGCAGCAUGCAGAUGGGGAAAAGUCAAAUGUACUCCGCAAGCUGCUGAAGAGGGCGAACUCGUAUGAAGAUGCCAUGAUGCCUUUUCCAGGAGCAACCAUAAUUUCCCAGCUGUUGAAAAAUAACAUGAACAAAAAUGGUGGCACGGAGCCCAGUUUCCAAGCCAGCGGCCUCUCUAGCACAGGCUCCGAAGUACAUCAGGAGGAUAUAUGCAGCAACUCUUCAAGAGACAGCCCCCCAGAGUGUCUUUCCCCUUUUGGCAGGCCUACUAUGAGCCAGUUUGAUAUGGAUCGCUUAUGUGAUGAGCACCUGAGAGCGAAGCGCGCCCGGGUUGAGAAUAUAAUUCGGGGUAUGAGCCAUUCCCCCAGUGUGGCAUUAAGGGGCAAUGAAAAUGAAAGAGAGAUGGCCCCGCAGUCUGUGAGUCCCCGAGAAAGUUACAGAGAAAACAAACGCAAGCAGAAACUGCCCCAGCAGCAGCAACAGAGUUUCCAGCAGCUGGUUUCAGCCCGAAAAGAACAGAAGCGAGAGGAGCGCCGACAGCUGAAGCAGCAGCUGGAGGACAUGCAGAAGCAGCUGCGCCAGCUGCAGGAGAAGUUCUACCAAAUCUAUGACAGCACCGAUUCCGAAAAUGAUGAAGAUGGCAACCUGUCUGAAGACAGCAUGCGCUCGGAGAUGCUGGACGCCCGGGCCCAGGACUCCGUGGGGCGGUCAGACAACGAGAUGUGCGAGCUAGACCCAGGACAGUUCAUUGACCGGGCCCGGGCCCUGAUCCGGGAGCAGGAGCUGGCUGAAAACAAGCCGAAACGAGAAGGCAACAACAAAGAAAGAGAUCACGGGCCGAACCCCUUGCAACCCGAAGGCAAGCACUUGGCCGAGACCUUGAAGCAGGAACUGAACACUGCCAUGUCGCAAGUGGUGGACACGGUGGUCAAAGUGUUUUCAGCCAAACCCUCCCGCCAGGUUCCUCAGGUCUUCCCGCCUCUCCAGAUCCCCCAGGCCAGAUUCGCGGUCAACGGGGAGAACCACAAUUUCCACACCGCCAACCAGCGCCUGCAGUGCUUUGGCGACGUCAUCAUUCCGAACCCCCUGGACACCUUCGGCAACGUGCAGAUGCCCAGUUCCACAGACCAGACGGAAGCACUGCCCCUGGUUGUCCGCAAAAACUCAUCCGACCAGUCCGCCUCCGGCCCCCCGGCCGGCGGCCACCACCAGCCCCUGCACCAGUCGCCUCUCUCUGCCACCGCAGGCUUCACCACGUCUACCUUCCGCCACCCCUUCCCCCUUCCCCUGAUGGCCUACCCAUUUCAGAGUCCUUUAGGUGCUCCCUCCGGCUCCUUCUCGGGAAAAGACAGAGCCUCUCCUGAAUCCUUAGACUUAACUAGGGAGACGACGAGUCUGAGGACGAAGAUGUCAUCCCACCAUCUAAGCCACCAUCCUUGUUCACCAGCACACCCACCCAGCACCGCAGAAGGGCUCUCCCUGUCGCUCAUCAAGUCCGAGUGUGGCGAUCUUCAAGACAUGUCCGAAAUCUCACCUUAUUCGGGAAGUGCAAUGCAGGAAGGAUUGUCACCCAAUCACUUGAAAAAAGCAAAGCUCAUGUUCUUUUAUACCCGUUAUCCCAGCUCAAAUAUGCUGAAGACGUACUUCUCCGAUGUAAAGUUCAACAGAUGCAUUACCUCUCAGCUCAUCAAGUGGUUUAGCAAUUUCCGUGAGUUUUACUACAUUCAGAUGGAGAAGUACGCGCGUCAAGCCAUCAACGACGGAGUCACCAGUACUGAAGAGCUGUCUAUAACCAGAGACUGUGAGCUGUACAGGGCUCUGAACAUGCACUACAAUAAAGCAAAUGACUUUGAGCAGGUUCCAGAGAGAUUCCUGGAAGUUGCGCAGAUCACAUUACGAGAGUUUUUCAAUGCCAUUAUCGCAGGCAAAGAUGUUGAUCCUUCCUGGAAGAAGGCCAUAUACAAGGUCAUCUGCAAGCUGGAUAGUGAAGUCCCCGAGAUUUUCAAAUCCCCGAACUGCCUACAAGAGCUGCUUCAUGAGUAGAAAUUUCGACAACUCUUUUCGAAUGUAUGAAUAGUAGCAGUCCCCUUUGGAUGUCCACGUUGUACGUGUCUAGAUUUUGAUUUCAUAUAUAUGUGUAUGGGAGGCAUGGAUGUGUUAUGAAAUCAGCUGGUAAUUCCCCCUUAUCAUCUUUCGCUCAUUUCCUUUCGUUUUCCAUCGCAAGGGGAUGGUUAUUUUUCCUUCUGUCUUUAGUUUACUUUUGCCCAAAGCCCUUAACAUUUGGAGACUUAAAAAUAGGGUUAAUUUUCAGGGAAAAAGAAUGUUGAUGUGUGUAAAAUCUAUAUUAGCAAGGAAAGGCAUUUCAAAGGUGCCUCUGCUCGAUUGAUGGUUUAUUGCAAAUGGCAGUUGGUGGAGGGAGGCCCGUGACACAGGACCGCUCUCCAAACGGUGGGGUGUCUCUUGUUUUUACUGCUAAGAAGGCCAGAAAACUCAACGAGACCACUACAUAAACUUAAAUAUUUUGUUUGGUUGGAACUCCGUACGUAGCUUUUUAUCACACGUUGAAAAACAAUGCCAGCGGCAGGUAAACAGCUCACUUUUCAAAAGUUACCCCGAAAGGCCAAAUUCCAAAAAGAAAAAUAAUCACUAUCAAGCUUUUCCAAGGAAAAGUGGCAAAGAGCCCAAGCUAGGGCCAGUUUCUUACGGAGGCAAAGCAGUUUUACACAAAACUGACUCUUUCAUAAUGAGACUAGGAAUUUGUACAUGGUGUUCAAAUUACCUCUCUAAAUUUUACAACAGGCUCUUCAUCGUCAGCGAGUAUAUAUCAUUCUUCAUAGAGAAAAAAAACCCUAGAGCAUCAUUUUCUAUUGUCUUACUUCAGAUAUUAAGAGGCGCAUACGUUUCAAAUGUACUCUUUGCUCAACUUCGUUGAUGUGCUUCGAAGGAUUAUAAUUUCUGCUGAAUAUUUGACACGCUUUUCAAGAAAACACUAUUUUCUGAAUACCUUUCUAUAGCAAGGAAUAAAGGACAUCCCAAGUUGACCCGUACAAUUCCUGCCUGCAUUAGAACCUCGUUGGCUGACUUGAUCUUCACCUCUGGAGAGGAGCACGUGUGAGAAUGACCCAUUUUCAUAUACAAUUCCACAGUACCCUGAUGGAUAUUCAGAGCGGUGACAGUCUAAUUAAGUGUUUCUUCAUUUUAGGUACAACAUUUUAAAGCAACUGAUAAAGUCUCUUCUAAUUCAGAAGCUAGUACUGACCAAAAUGUGCGAACAGUGUAUGGAUGGCAUAGGAAGGUUUGGGGUUAACCCAAAAGACACAAUUUCAGCAUACAUAAGAAAGCUAGCUGCUAUUUUAUGCUUUCUUCAAUGGUUCUCCUCUUUUUCCUUUUUCGAUUUUUUUCCAGUUUUUCAAAGGUGUACAGUGUCCCAUGCUUGCUUUUAAAAAGUCGUAUGGCAUUCACGCUUGUUUUUUCAGAUGGGUUUUGUGUACAGAUGCAGUAAGAAUUCCUUGUUCAUCCUAACAGGCUUUUCUAAGCCCCCCUCCCCGCCCCCCCCCCUCCGUAAGUCAUUUGAUACGCACUUAAAAUGACACAGGAACAAACCUGGUAUUUAGAUUAUAGAGAACACAAAUACCAUUUUUCCUUAAUUUUUAUAAAAACCACCUUUGACUUUGGAGAAAUGCAGGUUGGCCCAUGUGACUAACUAGCUGACCCAAUCACCGCAAUUUAACAUCAUUUAUAAAUUCUGCUGAUGGACAGGAAUGUAUGGAGGCAAUUAUUGUCAGCACAAAGCCUUAAAACCUGCUGACUUUAAAUUAAACGGCACAGUCCUAUGAUGCCCCUGCAUCAUUCAAGAGGCUAACAGGCUCACACAGUGUGGACGGAGUGCAGCAAACACAGGCAGGAGCGCCCCUGGCUUCACUCUGCACCCCACAGCCAAAUGCAUCAUCCGACUCGUGUCCCCCUACAUAACGCACACAGAGCCAUCAGAUCCAAUUUGUUCUUGUUCCGGCUUUGCCUGGGGGUGGAAAAAAAAAAAAAAAAAACGUGUUCGGAUAAUCAUUACAUUGGAAUAGAAUGCAAACCAAAAAAAAAAAAAAAAAAGAAAGAAAAGAAAAGAAAAUCGAAUCGGCACAAAGUAGGGAAGCAAUCUCAACUUGUGGUCACACUCUUUUGCCUUCCUUCAUGUGAAAGAGUAUGAAUUCAUUGUUCACGUCAUUACACACCCGGGUCUUUGCUGUUCCAUGUAAUUUGUAUCAACAUUGUGUUGCCAUUUGCAAGGUAGAAGGCAAAACCGUAGGGCAUCCACCUAUGUAGACAGAUUGCGAGUAUCUUCUGAUCUGGGGCAAAUUCAGUAUUGAUUCCAGACUUAUUUGGAUCUUUCGUAUUAUUUUCCCCUGCCUUUCUAAUUUAAAUAGACAAAUUAAGCAAAAGUGUGUGUUCACAACCAAUGUUGAUUGUGCUUAUCUAUGAUAACAUCCGCUCAAUGUUCACUGAGGCGUAGAAACUAUUUCAGAGUAGAAAUUGCUUGAGGAUAAACUCAUCUCUCUGUUCUGAAAACAGAACUCGAUCACUUUUGUUUUUAGGUGGUUUUUCCUCUUUUACGAUCGUAAAAUCUUGUGCCUCCCAGUGCAUUGGAAAGUGACAAAAGCCUGUCUCUCAAAACUCCUAUUGAACAAUUUUGGGGUUUUUCUUUUCUGUUUUUGUUUUUGUUUGUUUGUUUGUUUUAAAUCACCAUCUUUCAAAUCUCAGCUCAACUCUCACCAAGUGAAAAAAAAAUUGGCUACUUGGGAGAAAGUUAACUUUCUACGAAGGUGGGAGGGUGAAGGAUGAGGGACAGUUUACAUAGGAAAAAAAGUCUAAAGUGCAUGUUGAAAUACCACAUUUCCAGUUAUUUUCUGCUAACCCGAAAUUAUUUUUGCAUAUACACUUGAGGUUAUAGUCUGUGCCUAGACCUAAAAUGCACCAGCGGGGGGAUUUUUAAAAAUCCUUCAAAAAUACCAGUUUUUUCCCACAAGUACAAUUGUUCUUGUGCCUUCUGUGGCUUUGGAUUUCAUCUUUUUUGACUUUAUUUCCAAUUACUACAGCUGCAAUAAACACUAGAUUUUUUUUCUGGCUGUUUGACAUAACGUUGAUAGCUAUGCAUAUUUUGUGUCUUUUUAAAACAAAGCGGGAGAAUACGUUUUUGAAGAAGAGAAUUUUUAGAACAGUUUGAUACCGCAAAUUAUUUUUUCUUCAAUUGUUUGAGCAGCAUCCGAGUUUUGAAAAUUCUUGUAGAAGCCAAUUUUUUGUAACUGUGGUGCAAAUCUUGUGUUUUCUUAGCCUAAUGAAAAGUAGUAUAGAAGCAAUAUUUCAUACCAUGUGCUAUAUAUGUGUGUGCGGGUGGGUAAACGUAAACACAUGCACACAUAUACACACAUGUAAAAAUAUACAUAUAUAUAUGCGUGUGAGGUGGAAAGCUUACCUUUUCCUAUCUAGAUUUAAGGACCUAUUUUAGACAUUUGUUACGUUUUGUGAAAAGAAUGUUCUAUUUGCAACAACAAAACAUUUAAUUCUUACUGUAUCUCUGGCUGUUUAAGGAGGACGUUUCACAUUAAAUGGUAAAACCACUUGGAAGAUGGUAGGAUGUAGUAAUUAUUUAAGGAAACGUUCACCCACAUAUUCCUGAAGUUUGCUUUGUGCCUCCGAGUAUUAUUUAAUUAAAGUGUUUUAUGUUUGCAGAAUCUUUGUUGCUGUGCUAGGGAUGUGGGUGAAUAUCAUUUUUAAAAAUUGUAAAAAACAACAAAAAAAGCAAAACAAAAACACUAAAGCAAGAGGGGAACUUUUAUAAAGCAAUGUAAAUAUUUAACCUCAUGGCUGUGGUUACGUAAGACAUGAGAUUUUAAUAAAUAACUACAUUCUCACAACAUCUGUUGAAUUUAUUAGGAACACUACAGUGACUGUAUAGACAGUUGAAAGCAUUCUUGAAAAUCCUGCUCUCUACUUUUAAAAGAUAACAGUCUCUUUCAUCAGAUGUCAAGGGCAAGGGUAAUGCAGUUUCUGUAAAUUUAUGAAAUUUCUUUUUAUGUACAUGAAAACAGUAAGUAACCCCCAACACACACACACACACACACACACACACACAGGUUAAUACUAAGUCAGAAAGCUAAAGAUGUGGGGGCUUUAAAAAUAGGCUGUCCCUCAGAAGCAAUCAUAAAUUCAUCAAAGAAAAAGUGGUUUACAGACUCCCUCAAAGCUGUACAUGUGAGGACAGAGCAAAAUCUCUUUGCCAUGUAUAUUAUAGAAUAUUCAUUGGUGUGAAUAGUACAAAUGUUUCCUUCUGGUACAAAACUCUGUGUUUGCAAAUUACAAGAAGCAUUGUUUUCAAAAAGCUCCCCUUAAAAGAAUGUAACUGAUUUAUAUGAGUAAGCAGUUACUGUAUUGCACUUACAUGUUAUGUUGAAGGAAAUGCAGUUUUGUUUUCUGUCGAUCUGUUGGUUGUAAACCAUCUUAAAAAACUAAAGCUAAAAUGUUCAUAUUCAGAGCUGGGAUCAAAACUGGCAUUUAACCUUUGCAUCUUCUUAUAAUUAUCCUUCUAAGAAUAUAACAGGAUCUGGAAGCCUCUGGACUUUGAGUCAUUCAACGGAGCCCUCUCUCAAAUCGGAUACCCCCUAAAAUGCACAAACGUGAGCGGAAAAGGCAAACAGACUGGCCCUCUUUUGUGAAAAUGCAUUCAUUCUGUAUCUUAAAAAUAUUUGAAUCCUCUACAUGGGAGGAAAAGGCAUUUUGAAAUUGCAUAUUACCACUUCAAAAUUAGAAUUAGAACAACAACGUAUUUGGGGUUGGUCUCAGAGCUACCUAGAAAAAUCCAAGGUCAUAGUUUCUCCCAAUGUCGUCCCAGCCAUUUUUCAUAUGUAUAUAGUAUAAACCGUGACAAAACACUGCCUUUCUAUUAUUUAGCAAUAUGUUGUAAAUAGCAUUAUUAAGCUCUUUUUUUUUGUAAUAAAGACCCUUUGAUUUGAAUAUAGUACAAUAACUGAACUGAUAAAGUCAAUUUUUGAUUUUUUUUUUUUAGCUAGAGGCAAUUUCAAUUGUGGAUUUUUGUUGUUGUCUAUUGUUCUGAAGACUUUGCAUAAUUUAUUGGUUUAAUUUAUCCUAAUUUAUUUGAUGAAGGUGUACAAUUUUGUAUUACCAAGGAUGUACUGUAAUAUUAAUUGAUAUGAUAAAAAAAAUGAGACUCCCUGUCCAUAUUAAAAAGAAAAUAAAAAGGUGCAGUAGACAAUUGAUUUUAAAGUAAAAGUACAAAAAUUUAGUUUGGCAGCUACUAAAUUUUAAAACAGAAAACAGUUGUUGGGGGGUGGGUGGGUAGGGGGUUUUACUUUGUGUGUUUUAAGCUUUUGUAUACUCUCCAAACUUUUACCUUUUGCUUUGUACCACUUAAAGGAUACAGUAGUCCAAUUGCCUUGUGUGCCUUUCAUCUUCUCUUAAACUGAAUGUAUGUGCAGUAUAUAUGCAAGCUUGUGCAAAAUAAAAUAUACAUUACAAGCUCA